GACUCUUUUCUCUUCUAUUCUUUAAAAUAUUCUCUGCGCUCUCCCAAUUCCUCGGCGAUUUUUACCUCUACUGGCAUUUUCACCGACCGAAAUCGUCAGAGCCGCCGAUUUCACUUCCGAGCGCUGCCGAUUAAGUCGCCGAUUCCCUCUCUCUCUCUCUGCCACACCUGGUUCGAAUCUGCAGCCAGGAUAUUGUGGAUUAUUCCUAUUCGUUAUCUGAGGAUUUGGAUCCCUGGCGAGUUUCAGAAAAAGUGGAAGUUAUUUCUUAUCGAGUUUCGUGAAGAUUAGAAUAACGGCGGAAGAUUCUCUUUAUGUGGUCCGCCAAACUGCAGAUUAGUAGCAAGAAAUUUCAACAUCGGAGAUUGAUUUACCAUCAGGGGAACUCUCUUAGGAGCUGCUAGAUGAGCUCAACUGAUGUUACUGGCAGUAGAAGGGGGAGGGUUCUUUUCUUCUUCAGUUUCUGGUUGUAGCAGUAGUCUGACCCUUCUUCUCUUGGGUCAGAAGAGCGAAGAUAAACCCAUGAGAGUUUUGCCAUUGUUGGUUGAUCGAGAGCCUGAUCUUAACAUUCAGCUGGCUUCAACAAAGACGUGGAUUUCCUGGAGGUGCGCCUCCCCCUCCUUUCGCUGCUUUCGUCAGAAUCCUGCAGUGACAAAUUCAUCUCCUCUAAAGAAAGCGGCCACUACACAGCGUCAAGACAGUUUAAGAGCAUCUCCUCGUUCUGAUAAUGGCAAGAACAAUCACGUUCCCAGUUCAGAUGAUGAUAAUCUUGCAAGAAAGAUGGUGCUUAAAAGUAGCUUGAAAAAGGCAUCAGAUGCUCCUAUAGUUUCUGUUCCGAAUGCUGAUGGAAAUGAAGCAUUGGGAGGAAAGGGUAGCUGUGAUCCUAGUCAUGUAGAAAGAAGGAAAGUUCAGUGGACAGAUACUUGUGGAAGCGAGCUUGCUGAAGUCAAAGAAUUUGAACCAAGCGAAAUAAACGCAUCUGACGAUGAACAUGACAUUGGGAAAAGAAGGUGUUUAUGCGCCAUCAUGUAAUUCAAAAUCCUUUUUUUUUUCCAUUUUGAGGAGUUGUGCUCACGAUCCUCAAAGAUCUGCCGACUUGGAUCAAAUCAACUUGUUCGCUCAAGAAUUUUUCAUGGCAGAGGAAGCUGUGUCAGCAAUUUUAGACAGGCAGAAACCAGCUCCAGGAAUUCUGUUGGUCCCCUCCCCAUGUUCUUCAGAGUGAUCAAUUUAUCCGUGGUAGUGCUGGUUUCAGUAAGUUUUUUUUUUCUUCACAUGGAUGGCCUCCACUUUUUAGCACUUUUUUGUUGCUUUUUCACUGUAUCAGUCCCUUUUUUUAUUUGUUACUAUAUAUAAACUGUGUUCCUUCUGUGGUUUUCCUCCCUGUAUGAACAAUUUUUUGGGAUAUUUUCUGUUUAGUAUUUAGAAGGAAGCUUUUGAUAAUUUGAUAAGGCUUUUGUUGGUUGGUAUUAAAAAAAAAGAUUAAUGUUGC